AUGUCUGCGACUUUAACGCCUGUCAACAAUGGGUCGACCAGCACCACACAUCUGGGUGGCGCCAGCAACGGGGCGGUUCUCGACUCGCAGUCGAUGACGCCUUCCAACAAAAUGAGCGAUGACGCCUUCGAGCUCAAAGCGCAGCCCGAAGAGUGCCACGAAAUUCCACAAAAACCUCUUUCUGAGUACAUUUUGGUGAUGUCUCUAUGUCUGAUGGUCGCCUUCGGUGGGUUCGUGUUUGGCUGGGACACCGGUACCAUUUCCGGGUUCGUUGCCAUGAGCGAUUUCAAGCGCCGCUUCGGUGAGUACAACCCCACCACCAAUGAAUACUUCCUUUCUGACGUUCGCACCGGUCUCAUUGUGGCCAUUUUCAACAUUGGUUGCGCCGUUGGUGGUCUCACACUUGGCCGCCUCGGUGACAUCCACGGUCGUCGUCUGGGCUUGAUGAGUGUCGUUGUGGUCUACGUUGUGGGAAUCGUCAUCCAAAUCGCCUCAAGCGACAAAUGGUACCAAUACUUCAUUGGCAGAAUCAUCUCGGGUCUCGGUGUCGGUGGCAUUGCUGUGCUAUCGCCAACUUUGAUUUCUGAAACUGCGCCAAAGCACUUGAGAGGUACUUGUGUCUCGUUCUAUCAACUGAUGAUCACUCUCGGAAUCUUCAUGGGCUACUGCACCAAUUACGGUACCAAGACUUACUCGGACUCCGUCCAAUGGAGAGUGCCAUUGGGUCUAUGUUUCCUAUGGGCCAUUUUCAUGAUUGCCGGUAUGGUUUUCGUUCCUGAAUCUCCACGUUUCUUGAUUGAAAAGGGUAGAUUGGAGGAAGCCAAGCGUUCCAUUGCCAAAUCAAACAAGCUUACUGCUGAUAACUCUGGUGUCAUUGCUGAAGUUGAUCUCAUCAACGCCGGUGUUGAAGCUGAAAAGAUGGCCGGUAACGCUAGUUGGGGCGAGCUUUUCUCUCCAAAUGGUAAGAUUCUCCAACGUGUCAUUAUGGGUGUUAUGCUUCAAUCUUUGCAACAAUUAACCGGUAACAACUACUUUUUCUACUACGGUACCACUAUCUUCAAGGCUGUCGGUCUAGAGGACUCUUUCCAAACUUCGAUCAUUCUAGGUGUUGUCAACUUUAUGUCUACUUUCGUGGGCCUUUACACCGUUGAAAAAUACGGUCGUCGUAAGUGUCUGCUAUGGGGAUCUGCCGGUAUGUCUGUGUGCUUCGUUGUAUUCGCCUCUGUUGGUGUCACCAAGCUAUGGCCAAACGGUAAAGACAUGCCUUCCUCCAAGUCUGCCGGUAACGCCAUGAUCUUUUUCACCUGUUUGUUCAUCUUCUUCUUUGCUACCACUUGGGCCCCAAUCGCCUACGUUAUCGUGGCUGAAACUUACCCAUUGCGUGUUAAGAACCGGGCUAUGGCUAUCGCUGUUGGCUCUAACUGGAUCUGGGGUUUCCUCAUUGGUUUCUGCACACCAUUCAUCACAUCUGCCAUCAACUUUUACUACGGUUACGUCUUCAUGGGCUGUUUGGUAUUCUCGUUCUUCUAUGUCUUCUUCUUUGUCUGUGAAACUAAGGGUUUGACUUUGGAGGAAGUGAAUGAAAUGUACCAAGAAGGUGUUCUACCAUGGAAAUCUGAAAGCUGGGUCCCUGUCUUGAGAAGAGACGAGUUCUACGGAAAGGACUCCGAUUCUCAAGCAUAA